AUGAGUUCAAGAGCGGCUUUUCGAAGCAUUCCACAACCACCAGAGCGCCUAUCGAAAAAAAUCUGCUUUAUUCUUAACAACCUCACUGAACACAACCUAAAAAGCCAAACACAUGAGCUCAUGUCCCAACUGCCUCUUCACUUCAAUCGCUGGUUGGCCGAAUUCAUCAUAAGCAGAGUUGCGACCGAGUCGAAUCUGGUCGAUAUGUAUACCGAAUUCGUUUUACUUGCAACAAACCGUCAGAAUAAUUUUCGUCCGCUUAUUCUUGAUUUACUCACACGUGAGAUCGACUUUCUGCUACGACCAGGCCAACUGAACUCUACCAAUGGAAGAUCACUGAAAAAUUUCGGAGCUUUUCUUGGUCGCCUUACAUUGGCCAAGGGCAUAAAGCUUGGAGUUGACCUCAAGUCGCUUAUCUACGUGGCCUACAAGAACCGACCUGAAUCUUUGGAUUAUAUUGUCCCAUUCAUCUGCGAGCUGCUAAAGAACAUCAAGCACAGCGGUUCCUUCCGGGAACUGGACCCAUGGAUGCGAGAAAUAUUGGAGGUGACCAAGGAACUGCAUGAUAAUACUGACAAACUUCCCAUUCAAUUCGAGGUGGAACUCCUCUUCAGCUACCUAGAGUGCGACAUGAGUGAGAUUGCGACGGCCUUCUACUUGAGACGGAUAAAAUAA